CCUGCUGAUUUUGUGGUGUUAGAUAUGGAGGAAGAAGCCAAAGCUUCAAUAAUUCUGGGAAGACCCUUCCUGGCUACUGCUGGAGCCAUCAUAGAUGUACAAAAGGGUGAACUCACUCUUAGACUACAUGACGAGAAAUUGGUGUUUAACGUAUUCAAGGCAAUGAGCUAUCCAUCAGAAUCACUAAAGAAAUGCAUGAGGGUGGAUGUAGUGGACAUUGCAAUACAAGAAACCUUUGAGGAAACAACAAAGGAAGUGGCAGAGGAGGACUUCACCAAGGAUAUUGAAGUUAGUGACAUCAACGCUGCUGAAACAACCAUGCCAAGCAUGCCAGAGAGAGUGAAAGAAGAGAAGGAAGCACCAAAACCUGAGCUCAAAGCAUUGCCCCCUAAUCUCAAGUAUGCAUACUUGGUUAGUGAUGAGAGCCAUCCUGUUAUCAUUAGCUCUGCCCUGAACCAAGAACAAGAAGAAGAAUUGAUCAAGGUGCUACAAACUCAUCAAGAUGCCAUUGGAUGGACCCUAGCUGAUUUGAAGGGGAUAAGUUCAUCCAUAUGCAUGCAUAAAAUCUUGUUAGAAGAGGAUGCUAGACCCUCCAUUCAAGCUCAGAGAAGAUUGAAUCCCAUCAUGAAAGAAGUGGUACAAAAGGAGGUCAUGAAGUUAUGGCAGGCAGGGGUAAUCUACCCCAUUUCUGAUAGCCCAUGGGUUAGUCCCAUCCAUGUAGUUCCCAAGAAAGGUGGCAUAACUGUGGUGCCAAAUGAGAGGAAAGAACUCAUACCCACAAGAACUGUCACUGGAUGGAGGAUGUGCAUAGACUACAGGAAGCUCAAUGAAGCCACCAGAAAAGAUCAUUUCCCACUCCCAUUCAUGGAUCAGAUGCUUGAAAGGCUUGCAGGACAUGCUUACUAUUGCUUUCUGGAUGGAUACUCAGGCUAUAAUCAGAUAGUAGUUGAUCCUAGAGAUCAAGAGAAAACAUCAUUUGUUUGUCCAUAUGGAGUUUUUGCUUAUAGACGCAUGCCCUUUGGAUUGUGCAAUGCACCUGCCACUUUCCAAAGAUGCAUGCUGUCCAUCUUUUCGGACAUGAUUGAAAAAUUUAUUGAGGUUUUCAUGGAUGAUUUUUCUGUGUUUGGAGAUUCUUUUCCUAGCUGCCUACACCACCUUGCCUUGGUGCUUAAGAGAUGCCAAGAGACCAACCUAGUACUAAACUGGGAAAAGUGUCAUUUCAUGGUCACAGAAGGAAUAGUCCUUGGCCACAAAAUCUCUAAUAGAGGCAUUGAGGUGGACAGAGCUAAGGUGGAACUCAUUGAAAAACUACCUCCACCGAGUAAUGUCAAGGCAGUUAGGAGUUUUUUGGGACACGCUGGCUUUUACAGAAGGUUUAUUAGAGAUUUUUCUAAAAUAGCCAAACCUUUGAGUAACUUGCUUGUCUCUGAUACACCCUUUGUAUUUGAUAAAAAUUGCAUGCUAGCCUAUGAACUUUUGAAGCAAAAACUUUCCUCUGCACCUAUCAUUGCCCCACCUGAUUGGAACUUACCUUUUGAACUGAUGUGUGAUGCAUCAAACAUUGCUAUUGGGGCAGUGUUAGGACAAAGGAAAGACAAUUUGGUACAUGUGAUUUAUUAUGCCAGUAAAGUCUUGAAUGAUAACCAAAGGAAUUACACAACCACUGAAAAAGAACUCUUGGCAAUAGUCUUUGCAUUUGACAAAUUUAGAUCCUAUCUCAUUGGAUCUAAAGUCAUUGUCUUCACUGAUCAUUCAGAAGAAGGAAGGGAAGUUUUAUGGGACUGCCAUGGCUCCACUUAUGGAGGACAUUUUGCAGGAGAAAGAACAGCAGCUAAGGUGUUGCAGUGUGGUUUUUAUUGGCCCACUAUCUUCAAAGAUGCAAAGGAACUAGUGAAGCACUGCCAUGAAUGCCAGAAAGCGGGGAACCUGCCAAGAAGAAAUGAAAUGCCACAACAAUUCAUUCUGGAACUUGAAUUGGAACUCAAAAGAAUCCUGGAAAAGACUGUGGGAACUUCAAGGAAGCACUGGUCGAUUAAGCUAGAUGAUGCUCUUUGGGCAUAUAGGACAGCUUUCAAAACACCAAUUGGAAUGUCUCCUUACCAACUAGUAUAUGGAAAAGCUUGCCAUUUGCCACUGGAGUUGGAGCACAAGGCAUUCUGGGCCUUGAAACUCUUGAACUUCGACAGCAAAGCUGCUGGAGAAAGAAGGAUGUUGCAAAUUCAAGAGUUGGAAGAAUUCAGAGCUGAAGCUUAUGAGAAUGCCAAAAUUUACAAAGAAAGAGCAAAGAAGAAGCAUGACAGCAACAUAGCCCCAAGGAAAUUUGAAGAAGGACAAAAAGUAUUGCUCUACAAUUCUAGGCUGAAGCUAUUUCCAAGGAAGCUAAAAUCAAGGUGGUCUGGACCAUUCCUUGUCACCAAGGUCUCCCAAUAUGGACAAGUAGAAAUCAUGGAAGAAAAGUCACAACGAACCUUCACUGUGAAUGGUCAAAGACUCAAACAUUACUUGGGAGAUGUGGAGGAGAAGGACAAAGUUAAAUAUCACCUCAACUGA